AAUCAUGACAACUUGUUUGCUGAGCCUGCUUCGGCAAUAGACUGGCCUUAGAGGCUUCGUGCAUGCUCGAUGGACAGACUGCCGAUUCUUGGGCUUCUCCUAUAUUUUCUGAGUAUGAUAUGCUAAGCUGGUGUACCUUAUACAUGUUAUACAGCAUCUGGAGACCACAGUUUUCCGCAUGCAAUCUUCUAUAUGGGCUAUCUGUAUACUAGAUUUGGAAAAGGCUUCCAAGACUACCCCUCUAUCGUGCUCCCACACCAAUUUGCGGGGCAAUCGACUGAUAGAAAGUCCGAUCGACCUCGCGCCUUUUACUCGACAUCUUCCUCCCUUCUUCUUCUGUAGACAAGAUUCGUAGGUUUGAUUCUAAUCACCACUUCAUCUCUGUCUAUCCACCAAAGCACUCAACCAUGCACAUCAGCAGGAUACUCGUUUACCCUAUCAAGUCGGUUCGACCGUAUGAACCUUCCUCCGCCGAAGUCACUAAACAUGGAUUCACCUACGACCGCUGCUACAUGAUUCUUCAGGUCCAGCCAGAUGGCUCGUUGAAGAACAUGCAUGUCGCCUACUUCCCCGAGCUGACGCUACUGUUCGCCGAGAUCAACUUUCCCAAAGAUGUUAAUGUAGAAGAGGCCUUUAUCGACCUGACUUGGCGGCCACCACAUGGCGAAUCAAAAGAUAUGAAGGUUCCGCUUGUUCCCGACACAACAUCACUGAAAAAGAUUGGAGUGAACAUGCAUUCCAGUCCUACGGAAGCAUACCAGAUGGAAGAUCAGUACAAUAAAUGGCUGUCUGCAUGUCUAGGUUACGAUGUGGUACUAGCAUACCUGGGCGACAACAGCCGCUCUGUCCUUAUGAGCACACAUCAAAGGAGCAAUCAAUCUCAAGCCCAACAAGGUGGAUGGCUAUCUUCGAUUACGAGCAAGCUUCCGACUUCGAUCGGUAACAUCAUCUCGGGCGAAGCCGACGACAAGAUCACAUUUGCCGACUGCGCUCCCUUCCUUGUUGUGAAUGAGACAUCCCUCCACGACGUCAGCAGCCGUCUUCCUGACGGUGAGGAGAUGGACAUCACAAAGUUCAGACCCAACAUUAUUGUCAGUGGUGCCGAGUCUUGUUGGGAAGAAGACUACUGGUCAGAGUUGCAGACUUCCAGCGACGUCAAGCUGCACCUGGUACAAAAUUGUGUCAGAUGUGUGAGCUUGAACAUCGACUACUCCACAGGCAAGCCUGGCCAAGGCGAAUCUGGAAAAGUGCUCAAGAAGCUGCAGAGUGAUAGGAGGGUGGACAAAGGGUCCAAGUAUUCGCCUGUUUUCGGCCGGUACGCAUUUUUGGGCAAGGGUGGUGAAGGCAAAGUCAUGGCAGUUGGAGAUGAGGUGACUAUCACACGACGGAAUGCUGAGAGGACAACUUUUGAUUGGCCUGGUAUCUCUAGUUAUAGUCUUUCUAAAAGUUCAUAGUAGUAUGUAAUUCGACACGAUUUCUCCAUCGCCGG